GCGGUUACGUUGUUGUCCAGACUCUGCCCAGGUCUGAUCGUUUCUCCGGAGUCUUCGAUCAUAAAAAUCGCUUGUAUAGCGCUUCUGUACAACCCCGGAUAUCUCUCUGAACUGUCUGGGGUAAUGUCUGGGAGGAUGGUGGGUCGUACUACUUGUUCGUAAUAUCUCCGUAAUCGUGGCCUUCUCGGGCCUGUCGUCUUCCACGCCAAGGGGCCGUCGUCUGGGCCAGACUCAUCGUCAUCGAUGGGUCUCGGUCUUCUGGGUCUUGUCGUCUUUGGAGCCGCAUGACCCCUCGGUAAAUUGUUUGGAGGCUGACCGCCCGAGCUAUCACUACUAUAAGUCCCCCCACGGAAGCGACUGCCUCUCGAAGCUUCAUCGUCGAGGCUUUGAAUUUUAUACAAAUCUGGCAUGCAUUGGUCUUAAGAAACAAGUGGCUUUUUCCUAUCAUUCGUCACAAGAAUUUACAGACAACGCGAAUCGUGUUUUUGCAAUCAGAAGCCUCUAUUCUGAAACUGCAAGACAUAUAUAUCGCGUCUGCUAUGAUGACAUGUGCUUCUAAUUUUUAGAUCCUAAUUAUCAAAGCUGGAGAUUUCAUCGAAGGUCUUAUACUGCAAAUUAUGUACACUUGCUCUGAUCGAGGAGUUUUUCGACUGUGUAAUCCCUUCUGUGCCCGGUGUAAGAAUCGAUCUUACCUCGGAUGUUGUUGCUGAGACACGAUACAGUUACCUUUUAUUAUGUCGAAUGCAGGUCGUAGAGCGGCCAUCAGCAAUCGACUUUAGCUCGGUCCUGCACUGGAUCCGACGCGAACCUUGAAAUGUCUCCAUAAAAGACGGUGCGGUGCCAUGCUGUUAAUGUUUGAGCCCAAUCUCGACAUGAAUCAGAUCCCCGAGAAGAACGAAUUUCGACGUGUAAAUCAGCGGGAUAUUUUCUUCGCCAUGCAGUGGCCAAUAGAGAUCCCAAGUCUAUGAAACGUUUACCACUACUUUCCACGAAUGUCUUGUCGAUCUGCACUCGGGUGAAUGUUAGGGGCAUUCUGUGUACACUCGAGCAUUUUCUUUGGUCUGUACUGUUGGAGAUUGCAGAACUCUCAUGCAAGUCGGUGCUGCAAUGUACCAUAGCAGAAAUCGACUUACUUAAGCCAAACCAAAAGCAUGCGAAUGCGCAAAUCCACACCUCGAUGCUCACGUGGACGCAACAUUGACACCAGUAGCGCUGCGUUGCGGAGGUUGAUCAGACUUCUGAGGGGACUGUCGGUCUAUUACCACAUAUAUGACGUAGCACAUCUGACGAUGUGAAACGACACUGAUCAGAUCAUUCGAGUGCAUAUUGAUACCUCAUGUUUCCACGGUCAACUCGAUUAAGCUACAAGAACACGAACUAUAUGCUUCAUGUUGUAAUGAAAGAAACACCAUAACUUCAAAUUCAGCCGCAAGGAGAGCCCCAGUGCGUUCAGCAAUGUUAAUAGGACGAUUGAUCGCAGCGAGCACUUUGUUACAAACUCAGGAAUCUGAUACCUGCACAGCAUGAUAGAGCCAAAUUUAUCGACUGAUGUAUCCAUGACACUUGAUUUCAUGGAAUCACAAGAUCUAUACUGUAUGUAGACAUAUCUAUCAGAACAGUAAUAUAUGAAGGGUGGCUGUAGGAAGGGAAAGCAGAAAUCUCAAGUCGAAGAUGAGAUCCGAAUUUCCUGCUUUACUCCUGUUUUACGAUUCCGUACAUACAUGCUAUGAAAUACAAGACAAAUUCCAUAUACCUUAUCCAAGCUGACCGAAUUUCUAUUAACACCCAGAAUGCAGAGGUUCAGUCUAUCACAGUUGCGUGCAACGAUCUCCUUCCUCAAGAGACCGAAAGAAAGAUCCUUCUUUGAUAUGUUAAAUAUCAUGAAGGAAGAGCUGGGGGACUAAAUUCUUUACUAUAUGUCAAAGUGCUAUCAGUUUUCU